GGAACUGUCGAACCUGGAUCUUGUUGCAUUACGGAAGUAUUAUUGAUGCACACAUGUGCUGCGCGCUUGAAUCUAAACUGCGCAAUCUCUCACUUACCUUUAUGGUUGUUUAAGUUUAUUAUUUGGUUUUGAUUUUGUGCAAUGGAAUGCGACAUACUUGAUGGACUUGAUCAAGUCGGGCCAUACUGUUUAUUUCACAGCUACAGUGGUUCCCUUGAUGAAAAGACACUUUCUGCAGCAUGUGAGCAAGGGUUUAACUCUCAGGAGUUUGCACAUGUGUGUACAUGGUUAUCAUCAAAACUUCAACACUGCGAUACCAAGGAUCAGAAAUCAGAAAUACCAGAUGAUCCUGAAAAGGCAAAACAUGAAUUAAGCAAACUGUUAAAAGAGCUGUUUUGUCCAUACAAGGGACUUGAUGGGGAACUGAAGACCAAAAAGGAGCAUCUGAAAAUCCUUUUGUUUUUAGUAUCAGAACUUCAGGCCAUGCAGAUUAUAACAAGCAAAACAGUUAAAGACACAAAGAUUGAGAAAAAGAUCUCGCCUCUUCAAGACCUCCAAGCAAUUUGCAAAGUGCUGAAACUCCCAGAGCCAGACCAACAGCAAACAACAGACUUGUUUUCUUCUAUAGAAAAUGAGGUAAAGGUUUUGCUGAAGAAAGUUCCAGAGAAGCACACUGGAAAGCCAGUGUUAAAGGAGUCCCUUAAUAGUGAGCAGUGGAGACAGCUGGAGAAGAUAAAUGGUGUUCUUUUGGCAGACUAUGAGUGUCGUCGGCGCAUGCUGAUCAAGCGGUUGGAUGUGACUGUGCAGUCUUUCAGCUGGUCAGACAGAGCCAAGGCAAAAACUGACACGAUGGCCAGGGCAUAUCAGCCAAAGAGACACUCACUGACAUUAAAGUCAUCAAUAAGCCUUGCUCACCUGUUGGCAGCACGAGAAGAUAUCUGCCACAUGGUGAAGACCAGCAGUGAGUCCUGCAGGGAGCGGACUGCCUGCGCUGUGAACAAGGUACUGAUGGGAAGGGUUCCUGAUCGAGGAGGAAGACCCUCAGAGAUUGAAGCCCCUCCUCCUGAGAUGCCACCAUGGCAGAAGCGACAGGACCGAGGAGGAGGAGGAGGUGGAUACAGAGGUGGUGGAUAUGGAGGAGGUGGAGGACGUGGUGGAGGAGGUGGUGGAUAUGGAGGAGGAGGUGGUGGAUAUGGAGGAGGUGGACAUAGAGGUGGAUAUGGAGGAGGCGGACAUAGAAGUGGUGGACACGGAAGCAGUGGACAAGGUGGAUGGGGCCGAGAUGGAGGUGGAGGACGAAACCAAGGGGGAAGGGGUUUUAAGGGGGGUUAUUAUCAGCGUUAGCGUUAUUCACGUUGUGUUAGAAGCACAGUAUUACAGUAUUGAAAUGAAAGAUUUAAAUGUGUUAAGUUGCAUUUUUUUUUUUUUUUAUUAUCUUGAAAUUGUGCUCAGAGACUGAAUCAGGAAUCAUAAACAUAUUUAAAUCACUCAGAUAUGAUGCAUUGACUUGGAUGCAGGGGCAAGUAGUUCAUAGAAGAAAGGUAAUGAUCUACCAUGGGUUUUUUUUUUUUUUUUUUAAACAUGGUUAUGAAAAAAGGAACAAUGCGGAACAUGCCUGUAGUACUAUAGUGUUAGUUUUCAGGUGCACAUUCACUUUUUAAAUCACCUUUUAUUAUUUGUGUGAACUUUUUAUUUUGUUUGAUAACCAGAUUUGUGUGAUUGAUCCUAGGGAUUAGCAUUCUAUUAUAGUAGAUUAGAAUAAUAAAGACAUGACAGCAGUAACAGUGCAACACUUCCUCAAAAUAAAGCUGCUAUAAUCUGGCACCUCUGGAAGUGACUUUUUUUUGGUAUACAUGAAUGGUGCUGCUGCCUUUUUAUUUUACAUUACUAUUAAGUUUAUUCAGUGGUAUGAAUUAUUUCUCAUGUAUCUGAAAUACACUACUGGCAACGAAAAAUGUGAUUGUAAUUAAAAGUGAGGAUAUGAACCCCUGCAUAUCAGAUACUGCACUGUCAAGAAACAACUUUAGCAGAAAAUCAAAUGAAUAAACCUUUAUGUUGUUUGCUUUA